AUGGCCUUUAUCUGCUCUCCAACACUGACGGAAAUGUCGCUACUGAUUCCGCCAACAAGUACAGAGUUUAACAGACAAAAAUAUUUAAUCUCUAUCUAUAUCUAUCUAUCUAUCUAUCUAUCUAUCUAUCUAUCUGUGUCUUCAAAUAACAUACUGAUCGAUCGAUCGCUGUCUAUCUCAGCCUGUUUAGUAGCUCUCUUUUCAGCUAUCCCUAUUGAGCCCAAUCUGCACAAUAAAUAUUUUUAUCUAUCUAUCUAUCUAUCUAUCUAUCUAUCUAUCUAUCUACAUAUGCUAAUUUUCUAUCACCCUCGAUCAGUUCGAAUCGAUGUGUCGGCUCGCUGGCCAAUGUGCAGAUGUCAGACACCUGUAAGCAUUUGCAGUUGCAAUUUCCGAGAAAACAGAAACACUCAUGGCAAGUCUAUAAGUUUCUACAUUCAAAGAAUUUGUUGUAUCUGA